AUGAACAACUUGGCUGGGCUGCUGCAGGCUCGGGGCCGCUAUGAGGAAGCCGAGCCGCUGUUCCGGCAGGGACUGGAGAUCUGCAGUGCCAAGUUGGGUGAAGAGCAUCCGCGAACGCUGAAUUCGAUGAACAACUUGGCUGGGCUGCUGCAGGCUCAAAGGCGCCAUGACGAAGCCGAGCCGUUGUAUCGACAGGCACUGGCAGGUCGCCGGGCGAAGCUUGGCGACUCCCACCCGGACACGAUGAGCAGCAUGUACGGCUUGGCCAGCUUGUUGAGGCUUAUGGGCCAAUUGGAGGAGGCAGAGCAGCUCUUCCGCGAAGGGCUCGAGAAGACUUCGUGGAGACCUGUAGGCACUGUAGGCCGGGCGAGGCUUGGCGACUCCCACCCGGAGACGAUGAACAGCAUGCACAACUUGGCCUACUUGUUGACGCUGAUGGGCCAGUUGGAGGAGGCAGAGCAGCUCUUCCGCGAAGAGCUCGAGACGUGUCGGUCUGUGCACGGCGCCCAACACGAGGAGACCGUUGGCUCGGCCAUGGGCUUGGCCGAGUUCCUGAAGGACCCGGCUGAAGGCCGGGCGAAGCUUGGCGACUCCCACCCGGACACGAUGAGCAGCAUGUACAGCUUGGCCAGCUUGUUGAGGCUUAUGGGCCAAUUGGAGGAGGCAGAGCAGCUCUUCCGCGAAGAUCUCGAGACGUGUCGGUCUGUGCACGGCGCCCAACACGAGGACACUAUUAACUCCAUCCGGAACUUGGCCGAGUUCCUGGAGGACCCGUCCUCGAUUCUCGAGUCGGGCUGA